AUACCAAUAUCUUUAAUGUGAGGCCGUAAAAUCGGAUCAUACGUUUCAGACGCGUGUACUCCAGCAAUUUUUUCUGUAUCACCCAUAAAAAGUACAGAUUAAAAUCGAAUAUUCUGUCUCCCAACUACUUGGAGUCGCUUUCCUCCUUUAAAAUAUCCAGAUUGCAGAGAUUUUCAGAAAAUGCGGUUCAAAUUUCAGUCUGCAUUUCGAGCUUGGAAUCCCUGGGUAGUGGAAAAAAUGUUGCUGAGAAGUAAAUCAAAGCAGGCCAAGAGUGCAGAGGAUAGCUCAGAUAAUUCAGCCUUCCCAUUGCUUGACCUCCCCGAGCUUGUGCUUGAAAGCAUAAUAAGGCGGCUUUCUCCAUAUCAUCUAUGCCAAUUAGCCCAAACAUCCAAAGAUCUUAGAAAAAGGUGUCGAAAUGAUGAAAUAUGGGAGACUUUGUACAAUGAACGUUGGGGGAAAGUUGCUGGCAUGAAUGCAUUUGCUCUUUGGAGACGGACACUGUUUCGGAGAAAUGCAAAGAUAUGGGAAAGGCCAACAAGCCUGUGGUUGCGUCCACUGAAAUGUAUUUGGUACUUCACAAGAUCUGAGUUGACUACAGCUGAGCCGGUUAUGAAACCCAACGAAGCCUUUGUAAAUUUGUAUUGGCAAUUGGAAUGUGGUGACUUUUGGUUUCCUGCACAGGUUUUCAACCGUGAGGUGAGGCAUGGUCACGCUGGGUUUAUGCUGUCAUGCUAUGAUGCAGAUCUAAAUUAUGACCGAAAUUCUGACACCUUUUGUGCCAGGUACUUGCCUCAUUCUGCAAAGUCGCUGGUCAUUGAGGAUGGCAUAUCAUGGGAGCGCAUUAGAAAACCACCUGAUAUGACAUCUCCCAGUGAGCUAUAUUUUCCAGAUGUUCAAGAGGAACUGAGGCCUGGAGAUCAUAUUGAAGUCCAAUGGAAAAAGAGUCCAAGCUUUCCUUAUGGGUGGUGGUAUGGAAUUGUUGGCCAUGAUGAUUAUUGUAGAAGUGAAACUCAGAACUGCAGAUGCCAUCUUGAUGAAAAGGUGUGGCUUGAAUUCAGGCAGUAUGCCACAGGUUCAAGGUGGAGAAGAAUACAAAUGAGAAGAAAUAAAGCUCCUGAAGCUGGCAGUGAGUCAGAUGGUUUCUAUGGGGGAAUCCGAAAAUUGAAGAACAGGGAUGAUAUCUCUGCUUGGUUGCAAAUAUGGCCCAAAGAACCUCUCAAAUAGUCAAAGAUUAUUAAAUUUGUAAAAUUCUUCGUCUUCCUAUUGGUUUGAAGAUUAUGCCCAUAACAAAGCAGAAUAUGUGGAUGGGAAAUUUUUUGCAGUCCAGUUUGAGGAUAUCUAUUCCCACAUUGUAAGAAACCAUGCAACGAUUUAUUCAAAUGGAAUUCAAAGUUUCCUGGA